AUGAGGGCUGAGAACCAGAGCAGCAUGUCCCAGUUCCUCCUCCUGGGGCUCCCCAUCCCGCCAGGGCAGCAGGGCGUGUUCUUCACCCUGUUCCUGGGCAUGUACCUGACCACGGUGCUGGGCAACCUGCUCAUCAUCCUGCUCAUCAGGCUGGACUCUCGCCUGCACACGCCCAUGUACUUCUUCCUCAGCCACCUGGCCUUCUCUGACCUUUCUCUCUCCUCUGUCACUGUCCCUAAGAUGCUCAGGAACAUGCAGACUCGGCAACAAUCCAUCUCCUAUGGGGGAUGCAUUUCUCAGUUGUAUUUUUUCAUACUUUUUGCUAGUCUUGACAAUUUUCUUCUGGCUGUGAUGGCAUAUGACAGGUAUGUAGCCAUCAGUCAACCUCUGCACUACACCACCAUCAUGAGGGAGGGGCUGUGUGUGGUGCUGGUGGCUGGCUCCUGGGUUCUCUCCUGUGGCAAUGCCCUUUUGUACUCCCUCCUCUUGGUCCGACUCAUGAGGCCUGAGAACCAGAGCAGCGUGUCCCAGUUCCUCCUCCUGGGGCUCCCCAUCCCGCCAGGGCAGCAGGGCGUGUUCUUCACCCUGUUCCUGGGCAUGUACCUGACCACAGUGCUGGGCAACCUGCUCAUCAUCCUGCUCAUCAGGCUGGACUCUCGCCUGCACACGCCCAUGUACUUCUUCCUCAGCCACCUGGCCUUCUCUGACCUUUCUCUCUCCUCUGUCACUGUCCCUAAGAUGCUCAGGAACAUGCAGACUCAGCAACAAUCCAUUUCCUAUGGGGGAUGUAUUUCUCAGUUGUAUUUUUUCAUGCUUUUUGCUGGUCUUGACAAUUUUCUUCUGGCUGUGAUGGCAUAUGACAGGUAUGUGGCCAUCUGUCACCCUCUGCACUACACCUCCAUCAUGAGGGAGGGGCUGUGUGUGCUGCUGGUGGCUGACUCCUGGGUUCUCUCCUGUGUCAUUGCCCUUUUGUACUGCCUCCUCUUGGUCCGACUGUCUUUCUGUGCUGACAAUGCCAUCACCCACUACUUCUGUGACCUCGCUGCACUCCUGAAGCUGAGCUGUUCAGACACCUUCCUCAAUGAGCUGGUCAUAUUCACCGUUGGAGGAAUGAUUUCCUUUUUGUGUAUUGGUGUUAUUUUGGGCUCCUAUAUCCGUAUAGGGACCAUCAUCCUCAGGGUCCCCUCCACUAAGAGACUCUAUAAAGCCUUUUCUACCUGUGGCUCCCAUCUCUCUGUGGUGUCUUUAUACUACGGGACAGCUACUGGUGUUUACUUUUUCUCCUCAUCAUGGGGUUCUAAAGACAUAAUUGCUUCUGUCAUGUAUACAGUAGUUACCCCCAUGCUGAACCCCUUCAUCUACAGCCUGAGGAACAGAGAUAUCAAACAGGCCUUAGAGAUGUGUGUCAAUAGGAUUAAGUUCUUUAAGUGGCAUUCAUUAAAUCCUCUGGUUGCAGUCAGGAGCACAGGGAAAUAUAUCUCCUAA